AAACAUCACGGCUCGAGGCCUCACUCGGAAGGAAACGGGGUACGUGACGGAUGCGUGAGAUUUAAGUGACCACGGGAACGCACGAGGUACAAAUGAAAGGACGAGGCUAUUCAGAGUUAGAAGCAGUGUUGGAGCAGGCGUGGAGGGGUUAAUGGGCUCGCGGCAUUCCCUCGUGUGAGCGGACAGGGAACUUUGAGCUUUGAGCACCAGAUCAAAGCGAAUCGAUUCACGGGACCCAGGCGGAGUUUUUCUGUCCACGCUGUUAUACCGUGUCCGUGUUACCCACGGUGGGUAAAGCUACGAGGAAAAAUCACGGAAAGGCAGGCCGCCAACAGGCUGGAAAUCUGUUCAUCGGAUUGCUGUGAGAACAUGGAUAAGCCAAACUACUCCGGGCUCUAUCACAUGGUGUCCCAGGAGAAUUUUGAGGCGUACCUUGCUGGUUUAGACAUUAACUUUGCUCUGAGGAAGGUUGUGAGCUUGCUGAAACCCAGCAAACUCAUUGAACAUGAGCUCAGCACAGGUCACAUGACCAUUAAGACCAUCACCACCUUCAAAAACUUUGAUAUGGACUUCAUACUGGGAAAGGAAUUUACUGAAGACCUAGGACCUGUUGAUGGGAGAAAGUGCCAGACGACAGUAGACUGGGAGGGUGAUAAGUUGGUGUGUGUGCAGCGAGGAGAGAAAGAGGGAAGAGGCUGGACUCACUGGCUGGAAGGAAACCUGCUCCACCUGGAGUUGCGGGUAGGUGAUGUGGUGGCCAAGCAGAUCUUUAAGAAAGCUGAGUGAGAGCCUGGGAAUGACAACAGAACUGUGUGGUGAGCGCUGGUCUGGAUUUGGGAAGAGACAUGAAAGUUGCAGUUCUGACACUAAACAGCAGAGGGCCGUGUUUAACCACAGACUCCAGCAGAAGAAAACAUCCCUUAGUAAAAAAAAAAAAAUCACUUUUACAACUGCCCCUUUCAGUCAAUGAGUAGUUGUGUGGAGAAUUAAAGGUUGUAAUUCAAAGUAAAAUGGACAAGGAGGGUGCUGCAUGCCUGCGCAUGUGUUUAAUGGUAAAACCAGCUGGCUGAUAUUCCAGCUGUGCUUUGCUUCUUUGGUUAAUAUGAAUUUUGGUUCUUGAAGCAGGCUGUGGGGUUUGGGGUUUGAGGCACUGUGUUAAUGAAAUAUGAGUAAUAGCAGUUUUGUCACAAUAUCCCACAUUUAGGCCUUUAGUUAGAAAAUAUGCAAGUGUCCAUUUGCAGAGGAUGCCUUGUGACUUAAGUAAUUUUUCUUUGCAUCUUGUCAUCUCACAUGAAGGGGUUUGAGUAAAUUAAGGAUUGUUUUUUGUUCUAAUUUUUGAUUUAAUCAAAUUAAUCUUUUUCUGAUGCCAUUAGAUACCACUAACAGUAGCUCUAACAAAAAGCACCUCAGAGCAAUGUAAGCUUUAUCCUUCAAACACAUUUUAUUUCAUUUGUUGAAAAUUCCUCUUUUUACCACCAGAGUGCAAAUUAUUCACUACUUACAGAUAUUAACUACUCAUAAAGGGCUGUAGACUUUGUUCAUGUAAAGAUCCUUUGAGACGAUGUAUGUUCUAAAAGUGCUAUAUAAAUGAAAGUGAACUGAAUUGUUCCCCUAUUCUCCUGUAUUUUUUUUUUUUUAUCAUUUACAUCUUGACUUGCUGUAACUGGUCGUAAACACCACCCCAAUUAAAGAGCUCAUCACUUCUCA